CGCUUUUCUUUUUCGUUCUUAAAAUUUUUUUUCUUCUUCUGUUGAACCCCUUUUUUCUUUUAUCUUUUGCCUUCCUCUAGAUAGACGCGUCUUCCUGAAAUGUACAGCAACAAGACGCCGAUGGAACGUUUGACGCCAGAGAUCUUGAUCAACUUAGCCAUGCACCUUGACGUGCCAUCCGUUUUCCAGUUAUCCCUCGCAAACAAACAUUUCUCCAAAUUGUUCAGCGAUGAGUUACUGUGUCGACAAUUAGUGGAACGUGAUUAUGGCAUCAAUUACAAACAUCCGGACGAAACGUACGCUGGACUGUUACAUCUCUUGUAUACAGGCGCCAUCCGUCCCAGUCGGUAUUUGAGUGCUGUACCCGAUGAGGUAACGGAUGCCAAACGGGCCGUGUAUCGAGCAUCGCUCGCACAUAAAGAAACGGCGAAUUGCGAUCUGUGCAAAACAAACCCUGCGGAAUACCUUAAUAUGGACCCAGCGGAUAACACCCUAGUAUGCAGCUCAUGUGCCCAAGAAAAUAAGCAACGGUAUGCCGUUCUGUUCAGUCUGAGCUCAGAGGGACUGUACACAUUCAUGGAAGAUGGUUCUAAACACAAGCUUGGUGACGAUAGCGCUGACCGUAACGAAGUGCACAAGGUCAAAGGCAUUACCGAGAGUUUAACAUCCAACGACACCAUCAACGAUUUAGACCGGCGACGUCGAGCGGAACAUCAACUAUACAUUCAGGAACUUCGACGUGAAGAUAUGUCACUAAAGCAUUAUUUGAUUGAGAAGACGUGGGGUCGAUCAUGGAUGUUAUUCCGAACUCGCGAAGGCUCACCGUUACCUGGACGCAUCACCAAUCAGAAACUUGCACGUAGCAACGGAACAUUAGAUCCCAAUAUCAGGUUACCCAUGGAUAAAUAUCGUCCAGCCCCAGAAACGCACGCAGAUAUCGUUAGUGAAAAGUUAUGGUCUUAUCUUGAAAAGGCCUAUGGUGUUCAAGGAAGAGCCUACAGUGAAGAUGAUAUGCAAACGCCCGAAUACGUCCGUCUGCGGGUAUACAUGGAUGAUUACAAGAAAAGCAUCCAUUCUUAUCCUUGAUCAAUCAAACAAAGCUUAAAUUCCAUCUCAUGCUUUUUUUUUUUCUACAUCCAUGGAAUCCUCAUUCUCCCGUGUUAUAAUCUUCCUGUUGGUGAUCGUUUUUUCGGUUUCUUUUCAUUCUUCAACUUUAUUUAUCACACUAGAUGAAGAGGAAAAGGAACUAGUUUUUGUACAGUAGUGGUCGCCCCUCCUUUUUUUUUUUUUAUCCAAUGUUCAUCUGAAGUAAAACUUGUUUUCAGUCCUCAUCGAACAAAUGUCAAAAACGAACGCUGUAUAAGAAAGGA